AUGGCCCCUAGACUCCCUCCUCCACCACAACCCAAUGAACCAGAUGCGCCCAACCACGCAAGGUUGUUGGAGACGGUCAUUGAGAGACUUCAACAACAAAAUACUGUAUUAAUGGAGCAGAACGCUGCUGCAUUACAAAGUUUAGAGGCCGCUCGUGCCAACUCUGAGGCGACCCAGCGGCAACUGAUGGAAAUUAUUGUUGCCACCAGAGGUACGCCAGGAGCGUCUUCUUCCAACGCUUCCCAACAUACUGAGUGGAGCUUGGAAAGCUUCCUUCAGCACCAUCCUGCAAAGUUUAGUGGAAAAUGCCUUCCUGAUGAGGCGGACCAGUGGCUGAGUGAUAUGGAACGUAUCUACAAUGCUAAGAGGUGUCCGGAUGACAACCGGUUGGCCUUUACAGAAUACUUGCUGACUGGAGAAGCUAGUCACUGGUGGACGAGCAUGAAAGCUAUUUUAACGGACGCUCAGAGUCCCAUUACUUGGGCGGUUUUCAGGAGUAAGUUCUAUGAGGAAUACUUCCCAGACAACGUUCGUUACGCUAAGGAAGUUGAGUUCCUUCAACUGGUGCAAGGAGCGAAAUCUGUGUCGGAGUAUACCAACACUUUCAAACAUCUGUUGAGGUUCAAUACCAUGGCGACCAGUGAGGAGUGGCAGUGUAGAAAGUUUGAAAACGGGCUGAGGAGUGAUCUGAAGGUGUUAAUCUCCAGCUUAUGUAUUCGGUCAUUCCCUUCAAUGGUCGAGAGGGCCAAAGUAUUGGAGAAAAACAUGGCUGAAGUCGAACAGCAGAAGAAACAACAAGCAACCAGGGGACCGAUUCUAACGAGAACAAAUCUGAAUCGGAAUAGGACUCCGUACGCUCGUCCAGUGCAGUCAAGUGGGUCUCAGGCGAUGGUUGUUGCUGGACAGUCUGGACAGUAG